GCCGUCCUUCUGUUUUCUCUCGCGCGCGCUCCAGUCUCUCCGCACGCAGCUGUCCCGCGGGAAUCAUGGCAGUGUAGCGGCUUGCAGCGGCAACCAUCGCGGCGGCGAAUCCGGCAGUGCAGCGGUCCAGUGCACUGGCUCUAUUAGGCAAAAUGGCGUCCCUUGUGGCAUCCACCCACAGCUCUGCUGCUGUAGACAGCACAUCCACAGCGUUCACCAGCGCUCCAGAACCCCUGUCCCGCUCCGCUCCGCCUCUGACCCGCUGCCAUGUCUGUGGUGUCUCAGAUGAGUCUGGAGGACGUGGGGGCCCUGUUCCUGGGGCCCUCAUCUCUGAUGGCUGACCCCUUUGGGCCCCUUCUGGACGAAGAUGAGGAGAGCGCUCUGUCGGAGGGGUGGUCUUCGCCCCUCUCCUCUUCCUCCUCUCUCUCGCCCCUCUCUCCCUCUCGUCCCGCUUCUGUAGGGUGUAAGUCGCUCUCCUGGCCGCCUGAGCUGCUCACUGCACAAACAGAGCCCGAGCAGAGCAAAGGCGAUGCGUUUUCUGGCAUGGAUUGGAUGACGGAGAAGUUAGACCUGAAUGACUUUGACCUGGAUUCUCUGAUCGGAUCCUGUGAUUCAGACGAGCCUCCCAGUUCUCCAGAAGAGCUGCUGGCCUGCCUGGACACCGACAUGGAUCUGGACCUGGAUCCGCUCGCGUUCGGCUCGACAGAGCUGGGCCUGGCGCUGACCUUCGACCUUCCCCUCCCGGAGGAGCCUGUGGAGAUCAAGUCUGAGCCUCCGUCUCCUGAUCCCACCUUCACGCUGGAGCUGGGCAGCGAGGUGUCCGUGCUCCCGUCUCCUGACAUCCCGCUCACGCCGCCCCACGUGAUGCUGCUGCUGACUCCGAAAGAGGAGGUGAGCGGCGGCGAUUCAUCCGACAGUGACAGCGGGAUCUCCGUCUCCGGAUCAGAUCCCGAACCCUUGCUGAAGCCUGCGGUCUCCUCCAGAACCAAACCCUACUCCAGACCUGACCCGGACGCCGCGCCAGCCGUAACGACCCGCGUGAAGGCCGCGCCCGGCGCUCCUAAAGUGGUAGAGAAGAAACUGAAGAAGAUGGAGCAGAACAAAACGGCCGCGACGCGCUACCGGCAGAAGAAACGCACCGAGCAGGAGACGCUGAGCUCCGAGUGCGCCGAGCUGGAGAAGAGAAACCAGCAGCUCCAGGAGAAAGCAGAGUCCAUCAGCCGAGAGAUCCGCUACCUGAAGGACCUCAUGGAGGAGGUCAGGUCUGCCAAGAACCGCAGGAGCAAAGCCAAAGCCCAGGAUGCCGUCAGCUCUGGUCAGGGUUCGUCACCUUCCACCGUAGUUCACUAAACUCACUCAUCAUUCAUUCCCUCGUUUCCACUCGAGUCGUUUAUCGUCCAGUAAGGGGCUCAUCAGUCAGAGUUGUUACACUGAAUCUGUUGCUGUAGUGCUUGUAAAUAGGCUUCACAUGUGCUAUUUAAACAUGCUAAACAUGUUAAAUCUGUCUUGGUUGUAGUGUGUUGCCUUAAAAUUGCUUUGCUCUUUUCUAUUAAAGAUGCUUUUGAACUCA